GGUCCAUCGCCCAGUGAAGGAAGAGUAGAGAUUUGGUACAAUGGCCAAUGGAACACUAUCUGUGAUGACAACUGGAAUCUUGAAGAAGCACAGGUUGUUUGUCGUCAGCUUGGCUAUAGCACUGAUUAUGUUGUACCAAGGAGUUAUGCCUACUAUGGUCAAGGAUCAGGACCGAUUCAACGAGCUCAAUGUGAUGGUUGGGAGUAUACCUUGGAUCAAUGUACUCUGUAUUCAGGGGAUUCCAUAUGUGGCCAUUAUGAGGACGCAGGAGUAAGAUGCGGGAUUGACAUUUCCACAAUGACCGUAGAUCCAUUACAAUGGUCAACGUCAAACACAGGAUAUUAUGGUGGAAUCUAUAAUGUACGUCUUGUGAAUGGUCCAUCGCCCAGUGAAGGAAGAGUAGAGAUUUUAUACAAUGGCCAAUGGAACACUAUUUGUGAUGAUUCCUGGAAUCUUGAAGAAGCACAGGUUGUUUGUCGUCAGCUUGGCUAUAGCACCGAUAAUGUCGUAGCAAGGAGUUCGGCCUACUAUGGGCAAGGUUCAGGACCGAUUCAACAAGUCCAGUGCUCUGGGUCGGAGUAUACCUUAGCGUCCUGUACUCUGACUUCAGGAGAUUACGCAUGUGGCCAUUAUCAGGAUGCAGGAGUAAGAUGCGGGACCGACGUUUCCCCAACCUUAAAUCCAUUUCAAUGGCUAACGACAACCACAGGCUAUUACGAUGGAAUCUUUAACGUACGGCUCGUGAAUGGUCCAUCGCCCAGUGAAGGAAGAGUAGAGAUUUCAUACAAUGGCCGAUGGAACACUAUCUGUGAUAAUAACUGGACUCCUGAAAGAGCGCAGGUUGUAUGUCGUCAGCUUGGCUAUAGCACCGAUAAUGUCGUAGCAAGGAGAUCGGCCUACUAUGGGCAAGGUUCAGGACCGAUUCAACAAGUCCAGUGCUCUGGGUCGGAGUAUACCUUGGCGUCCUGUACUCUGACCUCAGGGGAUUCCGUAUGCAGCCAUAAUGAGGAUGCAGGAGUUAGAUGCGGUUACACAACAAUAUCAGGAACAUCAGGAGCAUCUCCUCGGGUAAUCGGAUCGAUGUCAUUCGUCGGAGUGUCCUUGUUUCUCCUAACCAUCAUCGCUAUAGUUGCUGUUGUGUUCGUGUGCAAUCAACAAAAGAUUUCUCCUUCAGCAGCUAUGGGAGUUCAGUUAUCUUCUCUUACCACUCAACCUGCACCUCAACCAGCAUCAACCACGCCCAUGCCUGCAUCCGUCUGUGUCGAUGUACCUGUUUAGAGGGUGGACGGAAACCCAAGUCAGUUUGUUAGAAUCCACCUGUCAUUCUUUAGGUGUGCCUCACUUGGAGAGACCUCACAUUCUACUUUCUUUUUUUCUUAAUCCAUGCUAUCCAUUUCCUAUAUCUUCAUCUGCAUCCACCUCUUCUUCCUUUUCUUCGUGUUAUUAUUAUUAGUAGUAGUAGUAGUAAUAGU